AUUUCCCCUUUUGUCAGCCACUUCCGGGUCCUGCGUCGUUCCGGAAGCCCGCGGGUGCCGGAAGCGUGUGUAAUCCAGGUUUUGCUAGGAAAAGCAAAGGUUUCCAGAGUAUGUUUCAGAAAAAGUUACGUGGACCGUGGGCGUUUCGCAGACUCCUAAGCUCCUGGAAAGUAUGACACAAGGAUUUCACAGAGGAACUUGCUGCGGCAAAAAUCCCCUUUGCUAUAACUAUAGGAUAUCAAGUCUUGAGGGAGCUGCAGGAAGGGGAAAAAGACUUUCAGAGAAGACAUGGCUUCCAGAGAAGAGAACACAGAGAGUACAAACAGAGUGCUAAGAAUAAGUCAGCUGGAUGCACUUGAACUGAACAAGGCCCUGGAGCAACUAGUUUGGUCCCAGUUUACUCAGUGCUUUCAUGGAUUUAAACCAGGACUGUUAGCUCGCUUUGAACCAGAAGUGAAAGCAUCCUUGUGGAUUUUCUUGUGGAGAUUCACCAUCUACUCCAAAAAUGCCACUGUGGGGCAGUCAAUUUUAAAUAUGCAAUACAAAAAUGACUUUCUCCCAAACCUGAGAUAUCAGCCACCCAGUAAAAAUCAAAAGCUUUGGUAUGCAGUUUGUACAAUUGGUGGGAGAUGGUUAGAAGAACGAUGCUAUGAUUUGUUUCGAAACCAUCAUUUAACAUCAUUCUGGAAAAUCAAGCAGUGUGUGAACAUUGUGAUUGGACUUUUGAAAUUAGGUGAGUUGAUUAAUUUCUUGAUUUUCCUUCAAAGAGGAAAGUUUGCAACUUUGACAGAACGUCUCCUAGGCAUUCGUUCUGUAUUUUGCAAGCCCCAAAACAUGCGUGAAGUUGGCUUUGAGUAUAUGAAUAGGGAACUUCUCUGGCAUGGUUUUGCUGAGUUUCUGAUUUUUCUCUUACCACUUAUUAAUAUCCAAAAGUUGAAAGCCAAGUUAUCUUCAUGGUGUAUUCCUCUUACUGGUGCUCCUAAGAGUGAUAAUACUUUAGCCACCAGUGGCAAAGAAUGUUCUUUAUGUGGAGAAUGGCCCAUCAUGCCUCAUACCAUAGGAUGUGAACAUAUCUUCUGUUACUACUGUAUUAAGAGUAGUUUCUUAUUUGACACGUACUUUACUUGUCCUAAGUGUGGCACAGAGGUACAGAGUCUGCAGCCUCUGAAAUCAGGAAUUGAGAUGUCAGAAGUGAAUGCCCUUUAGAAACUAAAAUGGUUUCCUCUGAGGAAAAAUGUAUUAUGUUUAAUCCUUCAUAUUAGUCAUCCUAAGUAUAUUAUUUAGAUGUCUUUUAUGAGGCUGUGUGCUUCUAAGCCACUGUCUUCCGUUCCUUUUCCAGGCAUGACUAAAUACUAAUCCCUGAAAACCACGCGAUUCUAAAUACAUCAUAUAAAUGUUAUUUUUUUUUUUUUUAAAUCAUUGCAUUCAAUUUUUAAUUUCAAGAAUAACGGAUAGUUUUGUCAGAUGACUACUAAGAAUGCUCCUUCAAUUUGCUGCUUCCUGGAAAGAGGUUGAACUCUAAAAAUAAAAGAUUUUGAAAACUG